AAGUGAUCGUUUAUCGAUAGUUUGAAACAAAUUCGAUCCGCACAUUCCAAAUAUGACGUAAGGACAUACGCGAGACUAGUUGGAAUACAGACACCACGUACAGCUGAUCAAAGCAAUUGCGCUCCACUGGACUACGGACUGCGGCGGCGCCGUGAGAUGAGAUAAGAUCCGUAGCGUUGAUCGAACGAUUGCCAGGCUGAUAAGCGUCCAUUAAUGACGACGGCGACUGCCGGCUAAGUGGACAAAGCCAUAUCCAAAGUUUCUAUCAGGCUAAAGGUUGGACAGUCCCCCCUCACUUAUACAUAAUGUUAGCGCACGUGUCCGACAGAACCUUUUGUUAUGUGUACUUGAAGCAUAUGCAAUUGUAUUAUGAAACGAAUGAAAUGGAUGCGUAAUGUCAGAAAGUGGCAAUCAGACAACUAUCAAAAUGAUGUCCGAAUAUUGGAUUAUUUCGGCGCCGGGCGACAAGACGUGCCAACAGACGUUCGACACGAUGAACAACCUCACCAGCAAGCAACAUAAUCUGUGCAGCAACUACAAGUUCCAUAUACCCGAUCUGAAGGUGGGUACCUUGGAUCAGCUGGUCGGCUUGUCCGACGAUCUGGGCAAACUGGACACGUACGUGGAGCAAAUCACACGCAAGGUGGCCAUGUAUCUGGGCGAGGUGCUGGAGGAUCAGCGCGAUAAGCUGCACGAGAACCUGCUGGCCAACAACAGUCCUGGCCCGCCCGAUGAGAGCAUGCCGUGUCGACACCACCAGCGCCUGAAGCAUCUGAGCCUGCGCCAUCAGCGCAAACACCAGCACACGCACCACCAGAACAAUCCGCUGCACUACCAUCCCCACCAUCUUCAUCAGCUGCCCACGGAUCUUAAGGGUAAAUCCCAAGCCUCUGCCUGCCAAGCAUCCUCCGCCUCCGCCUCCGCCUGCGCCUCGACAUCAGCCAGAGCCUGCGCCGCCUGCCAGGUGGGCGGCAGCUUGAACAAUUUAUCGGACUCGUCCGAGCGUGACUUUGACUUUGUGAUACCGCCCGGUUGUGCCUGCGAUGAAUGCUUCGCCCUCAGCAGCAGCGCCACGGCGAGCACCUUGAUGGCCGAUGAAUGCUAUACCCAGACCGCUUCCUCAAUGCUGAAUGCCACGCGCUGUGCGAUAAAUACGGUGACGGCGAUUGCCACCGGCAGCAUGAGCAGCAGCACCAGCCCAGCAGAUGCCGUCGCCGCCGGCGGCGGCAAGGCCAGCUCUGUGUCGACGAUCUGCUCCUCGUCGGCUUAUUUCUCAACGUCGGCGCCAACUGGCAGCAGCUCGGUGCAAAGCAUGUCGCGCUCUAACAGCAAAAAGCUGAAUAACAACACUUGCAACAUAAACAAUAACAAGCUGAGCUUUCGCAGCAGCAGCAGCCAACUCAGUCAACAACAACAACAACAACAACAGCAGCAGCAGCAACAACUCCAACAACAACAGUCCCCCAAGCAACACUUGCAACAGUUGCAACUGGGCGCUUGCUCCUCGGUCUCACCGCUGCAAUCGCCCACAGCCAAGUCCAGUUGCGACACGGACGAGGAUGUCGAACUGGACGAUCCAAAGAGUCCGAAUAGCGCCUCCUCGUUAUCAGAAACGUUCGACUGGUGGUUCAAUAAGCCAAAGCGUAACUCUAAGAAGUCCAGGUAUCAAAUGCACCACACAACCUACACUGUACUACACAGCACACAAACACAAACACAAACACAAGCACACUCACAAUCACAAUCACACUCACAAACACAAUUCAGACCAAUUCCAUUUUGGCAUCAGACAUCGCCCACACCGCGCUCUAGUUAUCGCUCUUUCUUCAAUUCUCUUGCCGAUCAAAUUUAUAGCAAACGUUCUACACCGUCUCAAUUAAAUAUAAACAAUGGAUUUAAUUUAACACCAACUCAUAGAUCGUCUCCAGUGAGUAGUUGUUGUGGCAGUAGUAGCCAGGGUCGUUCCAGUCCAGACACGGAUCAUGCCGAGCCGCCCGAAUUUCCGCUGAGUCCAGCCGAACUGCCGCAGUAUUUAACGCGUUUCCAAUGGGACAUGGCCAAGUAUCCGAUCAAGCAAUCGUUGCGCAACAUUGCCGACAUCAUUUCCAAGCAAAUUGGCCAAAUUGAUGGCGAUCUGAAGACCAAGUCGCAGGCCUACAACAAUCUGAAGGGCAAUCUACAAAACCUGGAGAAGAAGAAAACUGGCAGCUUGCUGACCCGCAAUCUGGCGGAUCUGGUCAAGAAGGAGCACUUCAUAUUGGACUCGGAGUACCUGACCACGCUGCUGGUGAUUGUGCCAAAGACCAUGGCCAACGAUUGGUUAGCCAAUUACGAGAAAAUCACGGACAUGAUUGUGCCACGCUCGUCGCAGCUGAUCAAGGAGGAUCCCGACUAUUGCCUGUUCAAUGUGACGCUCUUCAAGAAGGUCACCGAAGAGUUCAAGCUGCAUGCACGCGAGCGCAAGUUCAUUGUGCGCGACUUUGUCUACAAUGAGGAGGAGCUGGCCGCGGGCAAGAACGAGAUGACCAAGCUGAUGACCGACAAGAAGAAGCAGUUUGGACCUUUGGUGCGCUGGCUGAAGGUGAACUUCAGCGAGGCCUUCUGCGCCUUGAUACACGUCAAAGCGCUGCGCGUUUUUGUGGAAUCCGUGCUGAGAUACGGCCUGCCGGUCAACUUCCAGGCCAUAUUGAUUGAGCCCAACAAGAAGAGCGUGAAGCGUCUGCGUGACGUCCUGAAUCAGCUGUAUGGCCACUUGGACGGUGCAUCCGCUGGCGGACAUGUCAGCAGUGCUGAUAAUGUCGACAUACCCGGCUUGGGCUUUGGCCAGUCCGAAUACUAUCCCUAUGUGUUCUACAAGGUGAACAUCGAUAUGGUUGAGCAAACCAAGCUUUAAGAGGCCGUUCUCAUGCCUCUGCAUCGCACACACACACACAGACACAUCCACGCAAAUAUAAAUACAAAUAUGCCAACAGCAAAAAUUAAUAAUUGAAUAUGCAAAUUAUAUAUUCAGCGGCAGAUCCUGAAAAGGGCGCUGACUAAACUUAAAUCUAUCCUGCUCAUUGAAUCCAAAUCAACUACAACAGCAACAGUUGCCACGCCUAUUAAAACACGCAAACAAUUAAUAGUUUACUAUAAAUAUUUUUAGUCAUUGUUAUAUAAUUAUUGUUGUUAUUUAUGUUACGCGUUCAUACAAUUCCGUUUCAAGUUCAACUUAAAAAAAAAAAACAAGAGAAAAGUUUAAAAAUAAUGCGCGUAAGAGAAACAAAAGAAAAUUUCAGAACAAUUUCAAGUCGCAAUACAAAUGCAAAGUACAUUAAAAAAGAAAUUGCAUAAAAGUUUAUGUUUUUAUUUUACGUUCAUUGUUCUGCUACAGUUAUAAACAGUAUUUUUUGUUCUUUUUGUUUUCUGGCUUUGUUUUAAACGAACUAAUAAUUGUGCUUUGUUUUUGCAAUAAAUACACACACAUAUUUAGUUAAUUGAUAAAGAAAAGCUUAACUCGUAGCUAAAGUUUUCAAACAGUUUCACUAGCUGAGCCAACAAUAUUAUUAUUAAUACAAAUAAAUAUUUGAUUUACAUAUGUUUUUUUUUUUUUUACCCGUCUUGUUUUUGUGCUGUAACUAACCUAAAUUGCAUACUUCCCCCGACUAAACCAACUGUUAAACUAAAUUUAUAACUAUAAGUAUAAACGGUGUCGCAAAUAGUUUGAUUUAACUAAAACAUAUUGAAAUGAAAAAUGUAAAUCGAUGCAAUGACAUUUCCUCUGGAAAUACAUAAACCCUAAAACGAAAGUAUUGUAUUUAUAAAUGUUGCCUAGAUAUCGAGAGUUUAUUGAAAACCAAAUAGUAAACACAAACAAAUCUAAAUUCGCUAUGAUAAAGCUGAGAAACUGUUUCAAUCCCUUCGCGUAAGUUGUGCAGUCUAUGAAAGUUAAGCAUAAAUCGAACAGAACAUAAAACCAGAACGAAAAGGGUCUAAUUGAAUUGCUGGUGAGGCCAUGUUAUAAAUAAAUACACAUACAUAUACUUAUCUAUGCCCAAUUUAAAGGAGAACUUAAUGCACUAAACUAAUGAAUAAAAGAACAAUAAUAUUUGUAUGUAAAUUAAAUUAAAUAUAUUUUCAAUGUUUGCUACUGCUACAACAUAAAAAUCUAAUUGUGUUAACAAACUAAGGGAGCCCCUCCCCCCCAAAAAAAAACAAGAAACAAUUAUAACAUCGAGACAAAACGCAGUAUCUUCUAAAUAUACAUAUGUAUACAUAUAUAUUUUAAAUUUAUGCAUUAUUAAAAUAUGUAAAUGUCAAUGCGUUAUAUAAGGUGCCGUUAAGCCAUCCUUGUAAAUAAUUAUAAAGAAAGAAAGACAUUCCAA